AUGGAGGAGCAGCAGCAGCAGGACCAGUUGCAACAGCUGCUGGCGUGCUUCGAAGUUCGCGAUGGCGUGAUCAUCUCCAACGUGGACCACUUGGGCAAGACUGAGCUUUGCGAGGUGCACCGCUAUGCCAUCAAGGCAGCGUUCAGCGUCGACAAGACGCUGUUGGACUGCGUGUGGAACUCCAAGGACGUGGAACAGCCCUACGUGGAGCUGGACGUGCUUCCAGGGCAGCACGGUUGUCUGGACCCUGCGCGGGGCGCCUGCAUGGUGGGAGCCGGCAACUUCAAGCUGCGAAAGCGCUGCUGGGCCUUCACGCUGUGCGUCGCGGCGGGGGCCCACGGCCGCGUGACGCCUGAGAAGCUGAGCCGCGCGUGCGGCCCGGUGGUGGCAAAGCUGGCCCAGCGACUGAUGGUUCCGGCGGAGGCAGAGACCAGUGGAAACACAGAGCGGCCAUGCCCUAGCGGACACGCGGAGGUGGACGCUGCACCCCCCCGACCCAUGCCAGAUGCUGCCCGGAAGGAGGUGCAGGAUCGGGAGCGCUCCCGAUCUCGGAGGCGGGAGCGCGAUUUGAUUGCGGACAUGGAGAAGAAGCUCGCCGAGUUGCGCAAAGAGGCUCACGACCUCACUUUUUCGCGGGACCUUGCAGUAUGCGCCCAACAGUUCGCCGAGGAGGGCAAGGCGCGGGCCCUGGAAGACUUGGGCAAGGCAAAGAAGGAAGUGCUGGAAGCUCAGGCGGAAGCCUGGCGGCUGCGAAAGCAGCUUGAAGAGAAUCAGGCGAAGAUGGAGGGCUUGGAGACAAAGAGGCAGCAGGCCUUGAGCCACGCCGAGAGCCUCUGGCUUUUGCUGGGGGGCUGCAAGGAGGAGACGAUGGGGCAGGUCGAGACGCCCGAGGCCAUCAACCUCUGA